CUGGCUCCUCAUCGUAAUGGCUCACCUCCGCCCUACUCACCUCCACAACCACCCAGCACACAAGCCGCGCUGGACCUAGUACGCCCAAGCGAGGCACCUGAGCUUCUCCGACCCUCUGCGCCGCUACAAGCGGCCCAGGCAGACAAAGGAGUGGCUUCAGAACCCUCUCCCGCGGCCCCGCCGUCCCCAAGCUCCUCUGCUCCCCCCACCCCACUCGGCAGCGAUGCUGGGCAGGCUGGUCCCUCCCCCCUGCAUCCCCGCGUGGCAGUGAUACUGGGCGUGGACCGCAGGUGGUACAUUCCUCUGCUGGUGUGCCGGGCUUUGAGUACGCUGCCAGCGGCUUGGUGGGGGUUGCGAUGUGCGUUUACCUUUUUGGCUGAGCUGUUGCAUAUCCGGCCGGGGAUGGGAAGGGAGGGAUGGGCUGCGGCGAUUGUCGGGAGUGUUGGGCAGGAUUGGGAUGUUGAGAGGAGGUUUAGGGUGACGGAGGUUGCUUUGGCGAUUAUGUGGUGCUGUGCUUCCGCAUAUCUUUCUUAUUUCUUUGCUGAUUGUAUGAUGUCUCGAUGGCUUCUAAACUACACUCCUCCGGCUGUCGUGAUCCGUCUCUUGACAACAAAUGGCUUAAUUGCCUAUAUCACUUCUUGGGUGACCUAUCUUUCUGGCGCAUCUUCUGAUCCUCGACACUUGCUCCCGGCUUGGAUCUCCAUUACAACAACUCUUACAUUCGUCUACCAUGCGACCCAGAACCACACAACAAUAAAGCGCGAAACAGCGGCUUCGUUACUCGUCGUUUCAAUUGCCAGUUUCUUAAGCAUGUCCUCGCUUCUUUUGCAGCUGCAUUUGACCCGAGAGAAUGACCCAGAAGUUCCUCUCUUCGUGAUAACGCAGAAACUUUGGGACUGGGCUGUGACCAUCUUCAUGCGCAUGCGCGUUGCUGACGACCGAGUUCCUACAGGAAAAGCUUAG